GGGAAAGGCGGGGGCGCCACCGGAAGCGAGGAAGGUGCUGUGUAAUCACCCAGCAAACUGAGGUCCUUGGAUCUCUUAAAAUGCCGGAUUACCUCGGUGCAGAUCAGCGGAAAACCAAAGAAGAUGAGAAGGACGACAAGCCCAUCCGAGCUCUGGAUGAGGGGGAUAUUGCCUUGCUGAAAACUUAUGGUCAGAGCACUUACUCUAGGCAAAUCAAACAGGUUGAAGAUGACAUUCAACAACUUCUCAAGAAAAUUAAUGAGCUCACGGGUAUUAAAGAGUCUGACACUGGCCUGGCCCCACCAGCACUCUGGGAUUUGGCUGCCGAUAAGCAAACACUCCAGAGUGAACAGCCUUUGCAGGUUGCGAGAUGCACAAAGAUAAUCAAUGCUGAUUCGGAGGACCCGAAGUACAUUAUCAACGUGAAGCAGUUUGCCAAGUUUGUGGUGGACCUCAGUGAUCAGGUUGCACCUACGGACAUUGAAGAAGGGAUGAGAGUUGGUGUGGACAGAAAUAAGUAUCAGAUUCACAUUCCACUGCCUCCUAAGAUUGACCCAACAGUUACCAUGAUGCAGGUGGAGGAAAAACCUGAUGUUACAUAUAGUGAUGUGGGUGGCUGUAAGGAACAGAUUGAGAAACUUCGAGAAGUAGUUGAAACCCCAUUACUUCACCCAGAGAGGUUUGUUAACCUUGGCAUUGAGCCUCCUAAGGGUGUGCUGCUCUUUGGUCCACCGGGUACAGGCAAGACACUCUGUGCUCGGGCAGUUGCUAAUAGGACUGACGCUUGCUUCAUUCGAGUUAUUGGAUCUGAACUUGUACAGAAGUACGUCGGUGAGGGGGCUCGAAUGGUUCGAGAGCUCUUUGAAAUGGCCAGAACAAAGAAAGCCUGCCUUAUCUUCUUUGAUGAAAUUGAUGCUAUUGGAGGGGCUCGUUUUGAUGAUGGUGCUGGGGGUGACAAUGAAGUGCAGAGGACCAUGUUGGAGCUGAUCAAUCAGCUGGAUGGGUUUGAUCCUCGAGGCAACAUUAAAGUUCUGAUGGCCACAAACAGACCUGACACUCUGGACCCAGCGCUGAUGAGGCCCGGGAGACUGGACAGGAAGAUUGAGUUUAGCUUACCUGAUCUAGAGGGUCGGACUCACAUUUUUAAGAUUCAUGCCCGUUCAAUGAGUGUUGAAAGAGAUAUCAGAUUUGAAUUGUUAGCACGACUGUGUCCAAAUAGCACUGGUGCUGAGAUCAGAAGCGUCUGCACAGAAGCUGGUAUGUUUGCCAUCCGAGCACGGCGAAAAAUUGCUACUGAGAAGGAUUUCUUGGAAGCUGUAAAUAAGGUCAUCAAGUCCUAUGCCAAAUUCAGUGCUACUCCGCGCUAUAUGACAUACAACUGAGCCCUGGAGGUGUUCGUGAAAACACUUUUCACUGGAAUCCUAACGUUAUACAGACUUCUUAAUAACCAUUUCACACACAAAAUAAAUGGUUUUCAAAAUUGUAUGUUUUUCAGAUGUCUUUUCUCUGUGGUACAAUAAAGGGUGAUAUCUAAUGCCGUUAGGCAGAAAAGCUGUUUUCUGACUUGCUACAAUUUUUAAAGGUUCCAAAUUGUGAAGUGCUUGCUUUAACCACAUAUGUUCUAGGCAUAUGCUGGUUGAGUGCUGUACAUAUAUUAUCUCAUUUUAUCUUCCCAUCUGCCCAGUGACGUGGAUUUAACAGAUGCAGAAUUUUCCUACCUCGUUUCCUUGUAGCAGAGCUGGGAUUCAAGUCCAAGUUUGACAGCUCCACCGCCGAUGUCCUGCCCAUUAUGCUCUUCUGCCCUCAUCACAACGGCCCAUCCAGGCACGUGAUCACAUGUGUUUCGACAGGUUUUUUCCUACAACGUUGAAUAAAGCAGCUUUGGCUAAACUAUGUUUAAAGUGUAGGAAGCAUCUGAUGUAAUGUGUUUUGCUUUGCCAUUUGAGUUGAUUGAUUUCAAAUUAAUCAAGAAUUGUUGAUUUUAAUGACUAGCGAAGUAGUAAAGCAAAAA